AUGGUUAGAGAUAUUUGUGGAUUAUAUGAAACAAGAAACACAUGUUUGGAAGAGAUUGUUGCGGGGUUUUUAUACACAUUAGCUCACCAUAAGAAAAAUAGAAUGAUGGGUGCACAUUUUUAUGGAAGUGGUGAAACUAUUAGUAGGCAAUUUCAUGCUUGUUUGUUAGCAAUCUUAAAGUUACAUGUUGUUCUUCUUAAGAAACCAACUCCAAUACAAGACGAUUGCGACGAUGAAAGGGGGGCCAGACAACCAUUAACCGCCGAAGAAUAUUUCAACUUAAGGCAUGCAAAAGCUAGAAAUGUGAUUGAGAGAUGCUUUGAGUUACUCAAGGGAAGAUGGGGAAUUCUUAGAAGUCCUUCUUGGUUUAGUUUACAAACACAUGGUCGCAUUGUGCUUGCAUGUGCCUUAUUACAUAACUUGGUAAAAAGAUACAUGCUUUCAGAAUUUGAUGAUGAUGACUUGUAUGAGGAAAGUAGUGACAGUGAUCGUGAUAAUGGUGAUGACAGUGAUGAUGAUGAUAUUGAGUAUAUAACCUCCAUUGAUGUAACUAAUCCCUGGACAAAUUUUCGAAAUACAAUGGCCCAAACUAUGUUCAAUGAUUGGAGGGCUAGAAAACGCGGACUUACUUUGUGA